UCUAACCCAGUUAACCCCUGUGGCGUUGCUUGAUAAGCUGCUUUGGCUACAAUGGAUAUAACUGUUGGAAGACAGUUCAGUUCCAGUCUUGAUUGACAACUGGCCCUGGUCUCACUUUUAAAUAGGCCGCCAAUACAACAGCUAUAAAACUCCCAAACGUAAGGGACGAAUGCCUUAGUUGAACUGUAACGGGGGAACGUAAGGAAAAAAGCGACGUACAAACACAAAAAUGAUGUUGAAUCUGGCGAUGGGUUGGCUCUGCGUCACCGUYGUUUGGCCAGUUGGCAUACGCGGCGAGGUGAUUUUGAAUCAGGAGGAUUACAACAAGACCUGGAUCUAUAUGCCCAAUGGCGAUGGCAAGCCAGAGGUGGCCUAUCUAGUAGAGCCGCCGCCAGAAGAUCGCAUUAGCUUACCGCAACUAAUCAAGUUCGAAUAUUAUGGCAGCGACGCCCCCAAUGAGAUGAUCAGCUCUAAUUUCUGGAUAGAUGAGAACGAUUUUGAGCAUGAGCGUCGUAAGCGUGACACCUGGCAGGAAAUGGCCGAAAAGUUCGAUCCAAAGCUGGACACCAAAAUCUUGGUGCAUGGCUGGAAAUCUAGCACCAUGAGCAACUCCAUACAGUCCAUACGGGGUGCAUAUAUCCAGCGGGGGCAGGUGAAUGUGUUCGCCAUCAACUGGAGGGAUCAAGCUGAUAAUAUCUACUAUCUGACACCGGCUCGAUAUACUGUCCAAGUGGGUCGUGCGGUGGCCAAGUUGAUUGAUCUGCUGGUCGAGGAAAAGGGGGCGGAUCCACAGCGCAUUCAUCUAAUUGGCCACAGUUUGGGUGCACAUAUCAUGGGUUAUGCGGGCUCCUAUACGAAAUAUCGUGUUGGUCGCAUAACUGGACUGGAUCCAGCACGUCCCGCAUUUGAGGACUGCAUUGGACCAGAGAAUCAUUUAGAUGAGACGGAUGCCAACUUUGUGGAUGUCAUCCAUAGCUGUGCAGGCUAUUUGGGAUUUCGCAAGCCCAUUGGCAUGGUGGACUUUUAUCCAAAUGGGGGCGGGCCACCGCAGCCAGGUUGCACGGAAAUCUCACAGAUCUUCACCGGUUGCAGUCAUGGACGCUCCUAUGAGUACUUUGCGGAAUCCAUAAACAGUGAGAAGGGAUUCUAUGGCGUGCCGUGUGGCACAUUGGCCGAGGUGAAGGGCAGGAACUGCACCGGCAGCAAGAUUCUAAUGGGUGAUCCAGUGCCAAAGGAUGCGCGUGGUAUUUAUCUCGUGAAGACGGCCAAAAAGCCGGCUUUCGCACUUGGUAUUGACGACUUACUGCCCAAGGACUAUGAUGAGGACACUGACUAAUUUACGAAUUUCUUU